GCCGACUUGGGUUUUCUAUGAUGCCACCACUUUUCCAUCUCCUCCACGCAAGACUGCGACGCUUGGAAUUAAACGGCAGUGCGAUACCAAUCGAGCAACAAGCCUAUUUCCAUAAUUUACACCUUCUAUUGUUGCGAUAAUUGCGCCGGGCCGGCAAAACCACUCCACAGCCGACAUCACCGACCGACAUAGCCGCGUACCCACCACGCACACACAAACCCUAAAGCCUGUUUCAUGCCAGGGCCUUAACUCGCCGUCUUGGUGAUAUUGCCGCAUAUUGCCUUUAUCUGAUCCGAUCUGACAAACGAACUUCCCCCCUGAUCUACCGGCUAUGCACGAGCGUAAGAGAGCUCGCCAGGCUUGCACUCAGUGCAAUUCGCGCCGAGUCAAGUGCAAUGUGACCGAGGCCGUCCCGUGCGACAAUUGCGUUGCCGCUGGCUGUAAGUGCGAGCUUCGGGAGUCGAGACGCGGCAAACAUCCUCGAACAAAGACGGCGCAGAAGCCUGGGAAGUCGACAACCGAACCGUCGAGUGUUGCGCGCAAGGACAGCAUAUCAGCGCAGUCUGUCAAAACGGCGCAGUACUCCCCCGAAGAAACAUCCCCAAUCGCUAGUAUCCCGCCGGCGGUGUUGGCUGCUACUACGCCAGCCGCGCAAUCUGUACGAGCUGCUUCGAUAAUUCAGGAUGACGAGCUCGGCCAGGCUUCGCUGGCGCUGGCGUCGCUGUGCAGAGGCACGCCGCAAGAUGCCGAUGUCUUCCUCGGCGAAUCGAAUUCCGUCCGAUACGUCGGGUCCGACGGCACGACGACCAAUGCCGCCCAGUUCCAUGCUAUACCUACGGAGGAGACGCAGUCUAUGAUGCGAUGGGAGACAGAGCGUCGAGAAGCCAUCAUCAACGAUCUGAAAUCACGACCCGACGGCCCCUUUUCGUUUCCCCCGAGACGCGUAGUCAUCUCCCUCCUCAAAGCGUACUUUCGAUGGUUUCAUACAUGUCAAGCAGUGGUCGACGAGACAGAUGUCUGGCAGCAGUUUGAGACGGGAAAUAUGUCGCCGCUGCUGCUGCAGUCGAUGUUGUUCGUGGCUGCUGUACACUGCGAAGACGCAGUUUUGACAGAAGGCAACCUGGGCAACAGGCACGAGGCCAAGUUCAAAUUUUAUAUGCGCGCACGAGACCUAUAUGACGCCGAUAUCGAAAACAAUAAUCUCAUUGUAAUACAGAGUCUGUUCCUCAUUAGCUUCUGGAGAGGUCAUGUCCCGCAGGAAAAGGACGUGCGCCACUGGCUAGGAGCAGCCAUCAGCCUUGCGCAGCGACGUGGUGUGCAUCGCUCAAAGCAGCUUUCCAAUCCUGGCUCAGCACCUACUGCUGCUGCUGAUCGGAUAAGCAAGUUGCGCAAACGCCUCUGGUGGUCCAUCUAUGUUCGUGAACGACAGGCAUCUGCUGCGCUAGGCUUGCCCAACCGAAUCCGCGACGAGGACUGCGACGUAGAGCCUCUAGAAGAAGCCGAUUUCCAGUAUACUUUCCAUGCUGGCAUGCCACUUCACGAAGCCCGCGACUACGUUGCGUAUGCUACUGGUAUGACCCAGCUCGCGCGGUUCCUCGGCGAGGUCGUCCACCGCAUCUAUCUUCCCAACAAAAGCUUCACACCCGCAGACCGUCUACAAAUGCGCGAUGAGUUGCUAGCUUGGAAACAGCAGCUGCCGCCGUCUAUGCAAGUCGGCGAUGACCUGGGCAGCCAAGCCGGCGGACUACACGCCAACAUGCUGCACCUCGCCUACAACAACGUCUUCAUCCUUCUCUACCGCAGCUGCUACGUCAACGGCUCCGGCGGCACAGAUGGCCAAGUUGCCCUGCAAGCUGCAGCACGCAACUCACGCAUCAUUGAAGAUAUCCUGCCGCGCGGCAUCCUUCGACACGCCCAGAUCCACGUCAUCACCAACCUGUUCAAUACGCUAUGCAUGCACACCAUCGAGCUGCGCCGUGGGCUCGGCACAGCAAAAGCCAUUGCUGAGCAUCGCGCAAAAGUAUGUCUCAUGGGUUUACAAGAGCUACAGCAAACAUGGGAAGUACGCAACUGGGUUCUACAGCUAUUCUUCCGAUACCUCGACCAGCCGACUGCCGCGCGCUUGCAAUCCGAUGUGGACGACAAUAGCAGCCAUACUCGCUCGCCGGCUGGAAACUUGGCCUUUGACUUUGGCGACUUUACGCGCACCGAUGUGCCCAAGAUGAACAUGACGAUUGCGCCGGACGUGGAUACUAUUUGGGCGUGGCCUAAUGAAGAGACGGAUCGGUUCCUGUUCUCACAGAUUUAUAAUGGAUUUUCUUAUGGCGAGGGAAGCUGGGGAAGCCCCAUGGAGCGGUUUAAUGCUUAAUAUUUGUUUCGUAUAUACGGGGCGUUUGGACGGCGUUCUUCUUUUGUACUAUACGGCGUACAUAUUAUCCAGCCCUUCGCAAGGGCUAUCAAUGAGCGAAUACAUGAUUUACAUUUCUUGAAU